UAUACCCCUCGGUCGUCUGUCCGGUCGACAUUCUUCUGUCGGUCACUACAUUCCCUAGCUACUUCUUGUGAUGAACCAUAUUUUCAUAUACCUCUAAUUACGGCCUCUCUCCGUUAAAAUCUACCUAAUCAUAAUAACCAAUCUUUACUUAAUCAAAUCAUGGACCUUACGUCUUUGCAAUCGUUGAUUCACACUCAUCCCCUUAUUGACAACCAUGCCCAUAACCUCCUUACGCGGGAUGCCGCCUGCAACUACGCCAAGUAUCCCUUUGAACAGAUUACCUCAGAGGCCCAAGGUGCCGCCCUGCGCAAUGCCCCCUCCACAUUACCACUACACCGUGCCACCUCGCAGCUCGCCGCACUCUACCGCUGUCCCCCAGACUGGGAUCAUGUCAAGGCAGCGCGUGAUGCAUGGGUGCAGCGGGACUAUGACGGCCUGAUUCGCGAAUGUUUGCAGGGCACGCAUACCUUGCUUCUGGACGAUCUCCUUACUGACCAAGAUAUCGAGUCCUACGAAUGGCAUGAUCGCUUCACCACAGCCCAGACGAAACGGAUCGUGCGGAUCGAAAUAUUGGCUGCCCAAACAAUAUCCUCCUUGAUGCGCGAUGACCUCCGGUCCCAGGAAGGUGACCCCUCGGUGCUCCGGGACCGAUGGGAUAAGUUCCGUGAGGGUUUUAGGCGGCGUAUCGCCGGGGCGAUCGGAGACCCCGCAGUGGUGGGGUUCAAGUCGGUGAUUUGCUACCGAACUGGGCUUAACGUCCAGCCCACCGAGGAUGACGAUGAUACCCUUCUGUUAGAAUCAUUUGCGCGUACGGUUCGCCAAGGACAGGGGUCUGCGUACCGAGUGGAGGAUAAGCGGCUCAAUGACUGGGUCGUGCGCCAGACGCUCAAUCACCUGCAGGCCGCUAAGAACGUCUCGGCCUCGGCCCCCAACAAACCGCUGCAGCUGCACACUGGACUGGGCGAUAACGACAUUGACCUGGUGCUCUCCAACCCGGCCCACCUGCAAUCGCUGAUCGCCCAAUACCCCGACGUAGAUUUCGUAUUGUUGCAUUCCUCUUAUCCUUACACGCGAGAAGCUGGGUAUUUGGCCUGUGUAUACCCCAAUGUCUACCUGGACCUGGGGGAGGUCUUUCCCAUGGUAAGUCGCGAUGCGCAGGAGUCUAUUUUGCGCGAAAGUCUGGAUAUCGUGCCCACCACACGCCUUCUGUGGAGUACCGACGGCCAUUUCUUCCCGGAGACCUUCUACUUGGCCAACAAGCAGUUCCGCGAUGUGAUGGAGACGGUCUUCGUGGAUUACGUUCACAAGGGCGAUUUUACUGUCGACCAGGCGAAACAAGCAGCCGCCGACAUUCUCUUCCACAACUCUAACCGCGCUUACAGUCUCAAUGAGAAGCUCGCCUAUGACGCUCCGGUAUUAGUGAACGGAGUCUCCCCUUCGUCGACUGGCACCCUCGACACCUUCAUGCGGAAUAACCCCGAUGUCAAGUAUAUUUGGAUGCAAUUCAUCGACUACACGAACACGACCCGGGUUCGGAUAUUUCCCGUCGCCGAGUUCGCCAAGAUCGUACGCAAGCAACGUCGUAUUGGCAUCUGUCUGUGCACCCAAUUGAUGCUGCAGGACGACAGCAUUGCACCGGAAGGGUCGGUCACGGGCCAAUUUUACAUGGAGCCGGACCUAUCCUCUCUCUGCCGCAAUGUGGGGAUCAACUCGAAGAGUGCUACGGUAAUGACCUACUGGAAGACCGAGGAAGGCGCCCCAUUGCCGGGCUGUCCCCGAACAACCCUCCAACGGGUGACCAACAAUCUGCGCGAGCAUGGAAUCGAGGUCAAAUGUGGCUUCGAGAUUGAAGUCAUCUUCCUGAAACCCACGACCAAUGCCUCGGGCGAAACCGAAUAUGUCCCCGUAGUCCAGAACCACUCGUGGUCCCAAAUGACCAGGGAUACCCGGACGAUGGUUCCCUUGCUGGAGGAGAUUGUGGACUCCCUCGCAUCCGUUGGAAUCCAUCUAGAACAAUUCCAUGCCGAGUCUGCACCGGGUCAAUUCGAGUUCGUCUUGCCGCCAGGCUCGCCCAUCACUGCGGUGGACACUCUGCUCAAAGCGCGCCAGAUUGUCACCUGCGUGGUUGAGCAGCAUGGACUCCGCGCCACGCUCCACCCCCGUCCCCUCCCCCACGCCGCAGGCUCGGCGUCUCACGCACACGUCUCCAUCUCGCCGCCUACUCACGAAGUCUCCUUCCUGGCCGGCAUCAUGCGCCAUUACCCAGCUCUGGCGGCAUUCACCUUGUCUCAGGAUGUCAGCUACGACCGCGUCAAGUCAGGUCUCUGGGCCGGCAGUGAAUGGGUGACUUGGGGCACCCAGAACCGCGAAACCCCCAUCCGCAAGAUCUCCCCAGGCCACUGGGAAAUCAAAACUUUGGACGGACUGGCAAACAUGUACCUCGCCAUGGUUGCCUUCCUCGCGGCGGGUUACUUAGGUGUCAAGGAGAACCUCCCUCUGACGAACAAAGACUGUAUCCACGACGCAGCCAAACUCCCACCGUCCGAGCGCGAAGCCCUAGGAAUUAUCACUCAACUCCCCAAAUCCAUGUCUCAAAGUCUAGACGCGCUAGACGCGGACUCCGCUCUGCAGAGCGUCAUCGGCGAAACCCUUGUUAAGAAUUAUACCAUCGUCAAGCGCAUCGAGAGUAAACGUCUCCUUGACAUGGACGAGACCGUCAAACGGAACUGGCUUAUUGAGCGUUAUUAGUUGGCUUUUCAUAUAGAUACCAUUUAACUGGUGGCGUUGCAUACGGGGCAUUUUUCCAAAAGGCGUGCGUUCUUGUCUCAUGAUACACUCCAAAUCUUUUAGGUUUUAUGUUACCAAUGAUACCUUGUCUCUUCUUGCAUGAUUAUUUUUUUUGUUGGCAUAUCUAUAGCUCAACUAAGGACAUUGAUGGGCAAGUCGCUGCGUACAAUUUUGUAGUUCCAU